CACAGGGGUUUUGCAGUGUAACUCUCGGCCAGGGCUCUGGUUUUUCAUGACAAUAAUUAUGUUGGUACAAGCUCUAGUGUAGACACAGCUAUACCAGUAUAAUGGUGCCUUAUACCGAUACAGGUUAUUCCCCUUCAUAUUUGUGACUUGGGGCACAUCUUCACUGGCAACGUUAAAGCGCUGCUGUGUAGUUGCGGCACCAGCACUGGAAGAGAGCUCUCUCAGUGCUCUAAAAAAACCCACCUACACGAGGGGCGGGGCUCCCAGUGCUGGUGCACCGUCUACACUGGCACGCUACAGCGCUGAAACCUGCAGCGCUCGGCAGGAGUGUGUUUUCACACUCCUGAGCAAGAAAGUUUCAGCGCUGUAAAGUGCCAGUGUAGACGAGCCCUAUGCUAUACCACUAAGCAAGUUUGUACUGAUAUAAUUAUGUCCACAGGGAGGAGGAUUGUACUACUUCAGCUAUGCUGGCUUUGUUAAAGCAGUACCACUUUUCUAUGUAGCAAGGCCUGAGUCAAAUUUGAAACAAAACGUAUAUGUGUAGGUGGGUGGGAAAUAAAAUCACACUUUUUAGAGAAGGCUGUGGGGAAGAGUCCUUGUGGGGUUCGAUGUUUGUGUCUCAAUGACUCCCAGUCAAGUGUGGCCUUUUGGACUUGUAACGUGAAUGUUGGGGUGGAUGUUUCCUAUGUGCCAGUGCCACAAACUCAUCCAGGACUGAGUCAAAUCAGAUUGCAGGUUAUGGAGAUUAAAUUGUGCCUUCACGGACAUUAGUCUAGUAUCAUUGCCUUGAGUUGUCUUCCAUGGUUUUACAUGCCCUGAGGACAGAAAUUGAGCAAGCAAUGGGAAUGUGGUUAACAAUUUGUUGAUGCAGGGGCUCCCAGGAUAGGAUCUCAUUUCCUCUCCCAGAGCUGUGCAUAGCUAACUGAAGUAAACAGUAAUAAAAAUGUGUUUUUGAUAGAAAACUAAGCAUGACUGAAUAUACACAGAUCUGUAGGGUAAGAAAAUGACAUUUUGUUAUCGUUUAGAGAAGAAUCACACUUCACAUUGUGUCAUUUUCUAUUUGGCUAUGAAUAUUUUAUCACACCUUUCUAGUUUGCAGAUAUAUAUGACAUGAUACAAUGGUGCUCAGAAAUCAUGGUGAUUAAACUGUAAAAAACCUAGAUAGGUACAGUGGAAACCCAGCAACACAACAGAUGCACAUGCUGAGAACACUCCCCAUGAAUACGUUGGGGAUGACAUGUUGAAGGACAGCGCAGCUGUCCAAAAAGCAUGGUCGUUAGCAUUGUAUGGCAUGCAAGGUUUUAUUGUAUCUGUUAAAUGAAAUUGAAAUAGUUGAGUUUUCAUUACAGAAAGUGUCAGGUUGUUGUUACCUACCUUCCUGUCUAGUCCCAGAUCUGAAAGUACAUUGCACACCUUUAAAAGGCUUAAAUAGCCUUUGGGAUGCUGUUGAAUCAGAGCAGAAAGAGAGUGGCAGCAUCUUGCUCUAAGCCAGGAAUUUAUAAGUAGAGAAUACAACUGAGGCAUUUUUGUUAUGGUUCAGCUCUGAGGUGACUAACUUUGUCUUUCUACUUCCACCCUGAUUUGUUCUCUCUUCUUUUUCCUGCACGUCUUUUUGCCAUUUAGCUAGUUCUGUAUUUGCGCUAUGGACUGCAAAGGGAAAUGUACCCAAGCAAUUUGUAAGUUUCACUUUGCAGCCUAUGAUGCACAUAGAGAGUAGUGUUUCCCAAAUGGUGGGUCCCAACGAAGUUCUAAAUGGGUUGUGAACCUGGUGCAAAGGAGAGACUCAGAGGCAGAGGGUUGGAAAGUGAGCCUACCCUGCACUCACCCCAAAACUGUCCCCCAUGGGUGGGCCCAGUUCCUUGCUCCAGGGGUUGUGAUGUGAUGUUUGGGGUUGCAUUGCUACUCAGGGGUGGUUUGGCCAAACCUUAGUGGCACUGCAAUCCCAUGCACCAGAUCACAACACCCAGAAUGGGUAACUGAGCCAAGUCCAUGGGACAGGAGCAGCCACCGGUAUGUGAGUGCAAGGUGGGCUUUCUCUCCAACCUCCUUCCCCCAGGCCUCCCCUCCACACUAGGCUAAGAUUCGGGUUGUGGGCCAAGGCAGAGAGUGCUGUUGUGGGUGGUUGGUGCCCCCCAGCAGGGUGAGGAGGCCUCCCAUUUUGCCUCUUCUCCUCCCAAAUAUGACCCUUGAGUCCGUUGCAAAAAAAGACCAAAUGCAGUUAGUGAGUAACCUGAGUAAAAAGUUGGGGAACCACUGACACGGAGCAUGAAAGAAUAGAUAUUGGAGAACACAGCUCAUGUCUGAGGACCCAGAUCAAGGAGCUGUUCCUUCUGCUUUAGUGGAAGGAAGUGAUCCCUUGAUAUUUGCUCUUAGACCUAUGGGAGAGCUCCCCAGUAGCAGUGGGGCAGUGUACAGAAGAGAAAAUCCACCUAGGACAACAGAUAGCAGUGGAUUCUUAAUAGCAAGCAUUAUGAUCGGCCAGUUUCUCCAUAGCAAGCACUAUGCUCAGCCACCUCCUUAAGAUUCAGAAAGCAAAAUGCUUUCAUUUGUUCUCUAUAAUCUUUAUAGCCCAGGACUGAUUGGAUACAUAUACACAGAAGUACUUUCUUCCAAUGUGGGCUUUAUAGUCUUCUGCUCCUAGUCCAAGCUAGGUGUGGCAGGGAGGAAACCUGCCUUCAAGUCAGGGAUCAAGUUGCAAGAGCAAUAUACAACAUUACUAACUGUUUAAUGUGCACACUUCCAUGGCCCAAUCAGUGUUACUCUGACAGCUCAUCAAUGGACUCAGAAGAUAAAGACAGAGAGGAAGAGAGUCUGCAGACAGCUUUCAAAAAGCUAAGAGUAGAUGCAGGAGGAUCUACCGCAUCUCUAUCUGUGGAUGAGGGAACAAGUCUGAGAGCACCAAUAAGAACAGCUAUGGAUGGAACCAAACCUCAACCUGUCUGUGCCAAAGAGACUUGGCAUGGGUGUGUGAGGAAGCCCUCCAGGGGGUCAUCAAGAACCCAGCGUCGCAGGCGUUCCAAGUCUCCUGUCCUGCAUCCUCCCAAGUUUACCUACUGCAGUAUGAAAGCAUCUUCUGCCCGCAGCCAACUGAAACACAAAAGUCAGCCAGACACUUCAAAGAGUAAUAUCAGCUCAGACAUUUGUGUUGCAGAAGAACCGUGUACAGGGGACAAGUAUGAGUCCUGCUUUGAUGCCAGUGAUUGCAGAAGAGCCAGAAAUGAACCUUUGGGAGUUUCCACAACUGAACUGCCUUUGGAGAAUUCAAGAGAGAAUUCUGCUGCUGUUUCUUCGUCCUUUGAAACCAGUCUGGAUUCUAGCCAGCCUUCAGAUUUCCAGUCAUUAUCUGUGCUCAGUAAUAGCAAGCAGUGUCCUUGCGAGGACAAGGAAUGCCAGUGCAGACAGUGGCAAGACAUGGAAGUGUACUCUUUUUCUGGCUUACGGAGUGUCCUGUCGGAAUGUGAAAAGGCAGUGCUAGAAGUCCAUUCCCAGUCUCUGCAGAACAAAUCGCCCUCUGGUGUGGCUUCGUCAGGUUCUCCCCGAUCUUGUUCUGAGCAAGCUCGAGCCUUCGUGGACGAUGUGACAAUUGAAGAUCUUUCAGGAUACAUGGAAUAUUACUUAUAUAUUCCCAAGAAAAUGUCCCACAUGGCAGAAAUGAUGUACACUUGACUACAAGGAAUCCAUGGAGAAUCAGGAGCUGGAAAUUCAGUAGUAAUGAGUGGAUGAAGUGCUCCCUCAGACCCAGGGAUGGGAAUUUGGCCAUUCUCAUUGCUGUGUAUUUGAUCAAAUGUUUCUUUGCACCAUACAGUGUAGUUUUUUAAUAAAGUGAAAAACAGACAACAGCCUCUGAGCUUAGUGUUUCAAAAGAAUGCAUUAAACUCUGCAAAGCUCAAAGAAUUCGUUGUAGAUCAAAUAAACUUCCUCUGUUCUUUG